AUUUUAUGUUUAUAUUUUGUAUUGUUGUACCUAAUUAUGUUUUUUCUGUUGCAGCAAAAUUAUCUCAUGAGAUUCGGUUACUUACCUCAGACCGAUCUCGAGACAGGAAACUUGCGCACGGAGGAUCAACUCAGGGACGCUAUAAAAAAUCUGCAGAAAUUCGGUGGUAUUUCUGUGACUGGGCAGAUUGACGAGGCGACGAAGAAGUUAAUGAGAGCCAGGAGAUGUGGAUUGCCGGAUCAGCCGGAUCCCAGAUUCACCAGGACGAGGCAUAAACGUUUCACCAUCCACGGGCAACAAUGGCCGUAUCGGAAUCUCACCUGGAGCUUGAGAUCCGAACAGCCUAGUGGCUUGGACACGGGCGGAGUCCGAUUGGAGCUGAGUAAGGCCCUCGAUCUCUGGGCCAGAAAUUCGAAGCUCACCUUCCAGGAGAUCAAUAGCGAUCGCGCCGACAUCCUAGUCUACUUCCACCGGGGUUAUCACGGAGACGGAUAUCCGUUCGAUGGCAGAGGUCAGAUCUUGGCGCACGCGUUCUUCCCAGGCAAGGAUCGUGGCGGAGACGCUCACUUCGACGAGGAGGAGAUAUGGUUGCUAGAAGAUGGCAACGAAAGCAACGAGGAGGGCACCAGUCUGUUCGCGGUGGCUGCUCAUGAAUUCGGCCAUUCCCUGGGACUGGCGCACAGCUCGGUCCAGGGUGCUCUUAUGUAUCCCUGGUACCAGGGAUUGAGCCCGAACUACGAGCUGCCGGAGGACGACCGCCAUGGGAUUCAGCAGAUGUACGGUGCUCCUGAAGGUAAAUUGUGGGGCAAUAUACCAGGUGGACCACUGCCACCGGAGCAACCGCCGCCACCUCCGACGACGACUACGACGACGACGACAACGUACAGGCCUUGGAGGACAAGACCCACUAGGCCCAAUCACUAUCCAGACGACGGCAGACCUCGGCAGCCGGCUCGUUAUCCUCAGAAACCCGAUUAUCGGCCGCACAAACCCCAUCGGCAUCACACGACGUGGUCGACGACGACGACAACGACGACGAUGAGGCCCACGCCGAGAUUCAGGCAUCGAUGGACUCCGCCACAGCAGGACGAUGUGCCUGACAAAUGCGACACGAGCUACGACGCCAUCAGCAUCAUCCGCAGAGAGGUCUUCGUUUUCAAAGGACGAUACCUAUGGCGAAUAGGAGAUCAGGGUAUCUAUGAAGGAUAUCCAGCGGAGAUCACCAGGUUAUUUAAUCUGCCAAGGAACAUCGAUCAUGUGGACGCUGUGUACGAGCGACCGGAUAAGAAAAUAGUUUUCUUCAUCGAUCGCGAGUACUACGUCUUUGACGCCAAUCAUCUAGUGCCGGGUUAUCCGAAACCGCUCACAAAUCUGGGAUUGCCAUCUUCCUUAGAAAAAAUCGACGGCGCUAUGGUGUGGGGCCACAACGGCAGAACUUAUUUCUUCAGCGGCUCCAUGUAUUGGAGGUUCGACGAAUCUGUUAAUUAUGUGGAACUUGAUUAUCCCAGGGACAUGAGCAUGUUCGCCGGCGUCGGAAAUGACAUCGACGCCGUUUUCCAGUGGAAAAAUGGCAAGACGUAUUUCUUCAAAGGCAAAGGUUUCUGGGAAUUUGACGAUCUUAGGAUGAGGGUGGCACAUGAGAAGCAGAAAUUGUCGGCACCAGUCUGGAUGGGUUGUCCGCCACCGGACGUGGAGACGAACGACAUUGAGACCAACCUGCCCAGGAAGUCGAGAAUUAUCUCCGCUUCCGCCACUGUUGUCACAGGAGAAAUUAUGCCGAUAUUUGCCAUGGUUGUUGCGAGCUUUGUCACAAGGAUAAUGUACGUGUAAAAACAAGAUUAUAAAUUGAAUCUUGUCCUUCCAGCUGACGAUGUACGACGGGAAGAAUUUUGUACCUCACCUAAGAAUUUUGCGUGCGAAAUACGAAUAUCAGAAAAUCAAUCGGAUUUUUAAAGUGAGGACAUCGACGGAUUGGCGAACACAAGGGAUGGAAGACCGUUCGUAUAUCGACGGUCUGGAAUUUCAAAGGAAUACCUGUGGCACUCACAUCUACGGAAUCGACUUCGUCGCCGAGCCUUCCGAUGAAGAAAUCUCGAUUACAGUUCGAAGUUCUAAAGAAGAUAUCGAACUAAGUCACGAAGCCAUAUCUUCAACGAAAAUAUAUUUUAUGAUGAUGAAUCAUAUAAUGCUGAGAUAUAUUACGAAGGCAGAACAUUUUCUUCUAUACAUUUUUUACUUCUAUUUUCUAUUUCGAUAUACUACAAAACUAUUGACUUAAUUUUGUAAGAGAUAUGUGACUUAGGUCUAUAUCAUCAAUCUCAGAAAGACCACUGCGCUGAAAAGCAUAUUUUUGUAUACUGCCUUUUACACGAUCGCAUUUAUGUGCAAAGCAAUUAACUUAAGAUGUAAUUUUUAUAUAUCGCAUAACAAACAAAUGAUCAAUCCUCGUAAAGAUUAAAAAAAAAAACAAUAGAGAGAAAGAUUUCUUGAGGAUAUCAUAAUUUUGCGAUAUCAAUUUAUAAACUACCACUGCCGAAAAUCCAUCCAACGUUUUUUCAAUACUCCUUUUACAAAGAUUUUUUAAUUGAAAUAAGAAUUCUCGUCACAUACAUUCUUUCCAAGGAUUAAGCGUCAACAAGAAAUUCCGCGAUCGUCCUGUUGUAAAUUGCGACACGAUUAUUCGUAGUCGCAAUCAAAUUGACAAUCUCUAAACGAUAAAAUAGUCGAUUCCAAGAGCCGUAUUUUAUAUAAAUAUUAAUUAUUGAUAUCGUAUAAUACUUAGCAGAAGAGGACACGGGCAAAAUGCAGUGUCGCCAGUUUUAUAAACUGUGAUAUUUAUAUACCGCGCGCGAUCAAGUAGUUAGUGUAAUAUCAAAGAAAUAGAGUCAAAUUUAUAUAC